CCUAUUUCAUAGCAAUAGUUUUUGUAGUAAAAGAGCGCUGCGAGAGCUUCAUGACUUAGUUAUCGCAAGAAUCACUUUUAUGUAAUUUUAUAUUAAUCGGAAAUUCCCGUCUUAUAAACGGACAAAGAACAAAGAAGCACCUCCUAUUUCACAGUAUAUAGAAAAUCAAGAAAUCCAGAGAAGAGGAGACGAAAAACAGUCAAUUGUACAUAAAGAGCAUAAAACCCAUAUACAGAAAAAGAAACAGAAAAUAUUUAAACUAUAUCAAGAAAAUAUAAAGAUAAUGAUGGCUUCGACAAUGACCAUUCCUCAAGUAGCCGCUUUCCACGGCCCCAUACCCCGCCCAAUUCAUGGGGCAAUGCCGGGUAGUGUACCCACCGCAGCCAUGCAAGGCAACUAUGCCGCAGGACAUGUACCAGUUUCUCUACAAGGGCCGGUGAACGUUAUGCCUGGACCAAUCCCCACUAGCAACAACUCCCCUGCAACCAUUAGUCCACCAGUACAAGCGCUCAGACUCCCAGUCGUUCCGGUCGGAGGAGGAUGUUACAAUGAUGGAAUGGAAGUCGUAUGGCACGGCGAAUUCAGCCGUCUAUUCAGCUCGUUCUUUCCUCCACAUGUAUGGUACUUGUCCAUUACGAAUUCAGCGCCGCAGGAGAAAUGGAAAUUUUACAGAGACAGUGCUAAAGUGCGAUUUUGCUGCCAGGAUUGUGGCAACGGGUGGACUUCGAUGAAAGGAAGAGUGACUUUCUGGUUUCAUUUGAAUGCAGCGACUAGCGAAGGAUUCGUCCAAUUCAAACUUUAUGGCCAAGUCUGCAAAAAGUGCAAUUCUGGAAAGUUUGAAUAUGUAAUGUGGUAUCCGGAAGAAGUCUCUAAGGUGAUGUGUAACUUGUACAACAAAGUCGGGCAAACAUUCUAUGGUUUCAUGCAACCCCCAAUACGUAUCGAUAGAAGGCCUGGACGCCCAAGAAAUCAGCAUAAUGCAGAGUUAUGCCAAGCUUGUCGUGAUGGAGAAUGUGAUCAGGGAAGACCGGUGAAAGCUUUAUACAACUAUAUGCAAUCACCAAUUAAUUUGAGAGCGCCGAAUCAAGCUAUACCUGGACGUCCACCAUUCCCACCCACCUCACUAGGCCCGGUUAACCAAAUGCCAGUAGUUAUUAGUCAACAACCGAUGCAUCACGCGGGGCAACUUAUCAUGCAAAGUCCUCUAAAUUCAACACCGCCACAUUCUUGUGCAUCGUUCAUCACUGCUCCAGUGACUUUGACCUCAGGAAUUCAACCGAUAUUGACUUACUCUAUUGUGACCGGUCAAACAAAAGAAGCAGCAAAACUUACUCCUGUCCCAGAAGAUGAAACAAAAUCUGAAGAUUCAUCUCAAGCUACAGCCAACGGAGACACCACUCCACCAACACCAUCCACAGUUUCAGACGGCACUGCAAAAUCUGUUCCAAUUGACGCUGUUGCAGCCAAAUUGGCAUCAAUCAACAUAAAAUCCCCUUUGACAAAUGGAGUCGCAUCGAUGAAAAAUGGAAGAGCACCAAAUUUGAGCAUGACAAAACCUGUCUACAACGGUACUACAACUAUCAAAGCGCCAUUGUCAUCAAAUGCAAAAAAUAGCCCAAAGAAAGUAUCACCACUCAUCGAAGCAACCACCAACGGCCAGUCGGAGAAAAAAGCUGAAAUGAAGCAGCCUCAAAGUCCUAUUGCGAACGGAUACUCCACGGCGGUUACAGGAAAAUCAGUUCUGAAAGCACAGACCGUAAACGGAGUCGACAAUAAAUGAAAAAGUGGUGAGAUAGGUCGUCUAAACACUAAAGUCUUUGCAAACAUUGUUUUUGAUUGUUGAAUUUAAAUUUCCCAUUUUAUUGCACCGGUCUUCUACUGCAUCAUGACCAGAAUUUUCUGUUUUUGCAGGUGGUUUUAACUCAUUACGAACACUGUUUUUCCUUUCACCAAAAUUUAUACGUUUUAGUUACAAUUCGGCGCCCAACUACGAAUGCAUUCAGCAUGUGUAAAACAGAACGAAAAUUGGCGACUCGGAAAAUAAGUAUACGCUAGAUGGAGAGGAAGAGUUGAGAUAAUAUUCAGACAGACGAGUGCUGGCACCGAAAAUGCCUAAAUUUGACAGCUUAUCUAACUCACUUGUGUCUAUGAUGUGUUUGUCUAACUAUAAUCGGACCAAUAGGAAUUGUAAUCAGUAGUACAAUGGUGUGUACCAUAAGGAGAUGCUUAAAUUUGCAUUAUAUUAUGAUCCCUCGCUCAUUAUCUCUUAUAUCAGGAACUUCCUCUUCAGCCAUCUUGCUAUUUCCCGUUUGCCAAGGCGCGGGUGUCCUAUUACAACGUUAAAGAUUGAUUCCAACAAAACAUAUGACAGAAAUUUGAUCCCAGAAUAUUGAGCAGGCUGCUAUCACUGUUGCAUUCAGAAGGUCCACUGUAUACACAACAUAAUACUAAAAUAUUACACAGUGAGUUAUAUUCAGAUUUCAAACUGCCACCGCAAUUCUUCAAGCCUUACUAUAUAUAAGUGCCUCGUAUACUUGUGUAAAAUUUAUGUAUAAUAUAUAUAUAUAUUCGGAAAUGAGAACAGCCGGUCAUAUGAAAAAUUUUUGAGUAUUCGCUUUUUUAACAUGACAACAUUUUGCCAAGUCGCUUGCUAAUUUGGUUUUGAUGUGAUGUUCCUCAUGUAUGCACAUAACACAACUCCACAAACACCCACUGCUAUUCGCGUUACCCUAUUUCCUAAGUAAGUAUUGACUAUCGCUCUUGAGCGUUUCCAAUAGGCGGGUAUGGACAUCUGUACCUCAUUACAAAGGAAGCAACUUUCCAAACGAAAACGCUAAUCGAUUGAUUUCUUAGUAAUUUAUGUCCAGUAAACUCUCCAACAUAGCGGUAUUUAACCCCUCCAUGAUCGAAAGAGAUUAUUGCUGUAUCCAAGAUAUUAAAGUAUAUUCUUUUCACGUCGAGGCUACUUUGCACUCAAAUUGUUUGUUUGUUUUUGUUGUUAAUAAUUGUUUUAUUCGCACUCGUUAUUAUUGCUGUGUUUGACAAGUUGUUUCACACGUUUUGGGCUCUCGGGAAUAUUGUCGGACUUUGGUCCGCAGUUGUUCAAUCGUGUGUUGUUAUGAAUAUUAUUAUCAUUGCCACCCUUUAUGAUGGUAUUUAAGUCAAUAUGAUGCGUGGGGUUUUGGGGGUACUAAUAUAUAUAUGAAGCCUAAGUCUUAUCAUUUAUACAUAGCUGCUAUGGCACGCUGCUAAUGGAACUAACUGCUUAGGUGAUUGAGAGUAACAUCAUUUUGUAUGAAAAAGUUAAAUGGUCUUUGCACAGUUUAUAAAGCAUAUUUAAUAUUGUUUCUUGAUUAUGCACAAAGCUGAUGUAAGAAAACUGUAUUUGCUGCUUUUCCUGCAUUAUUGUACAGUAUAAAUAUAUUCAGAAAGAUUUCGAUGCUUAGACAAUCCCAGAGUCCUAUUAUCAAAACGUACUAUAUUUAAUACAGCACUAUUUAAAUAUACCCUAUACCGUCUUUAUAUAAUCACUAUAUUUUUGCUUUGAUAUAUAUGGUUACACUACAGCGCUUACCAGUCUUCGCAGCUGUUCACUGCCAAUGUGGUGUCGUCAAAGCAUGGCCUCUCACCUUUGAUAAAACGACUUGCCAGGUUUCGUAGUUUAUAGAUUGCGUUGAUGUUUGGCGUUAUUGUGUAUCCGUCGCCAGUUCACGUGCAGUUCCUAUCGUCAUUCGGCGCGUAGAUUUGUAUAUAGUAUUUUUUUGUUUAAUAUUGUGUUUUAUGUUUACCAAUUUUUACUUUGUUUUAAAUUAAUCUGAAUGGUUAACCAACCGCUCCAAUUUGAGUGCCUAAAAAGGCAUGAUUGCGACAAAAUCCCCUGCUGCUAUAAUUAAUGACGGACGUUGUGUUCGAUCAAAAUACUUUCCUUUUUCUUGUGCAUUUGUACACAAUUCAUGUCAUUUUCCCAUUGUAUAUAUUACUUCACUGAGCAACCAUAGGCCGACACCAAUUGCAAUAUAGUUAGACAAACAUUAUUUGUUAGGUUGUUUACAUGCCGUUUACUGUUGUAAUCAUGGUUUGUUUUGAUUAUUAUGUAUAUUGCUAAUAUAUAUCAUUUAUUGGCAACUGAUAUACUCACUUCAAGAAAUUCUUCAAAUGAUCCUAUUUUCUGCCUAUAUGUAUCUUUAAUCAAUGUAAUAAAUUAUGAUGUAUGAUUUCAA